UUUCUGAUUUCAGAAAUCAACAACAAAAAAACAAAAUCAGAAGAGCCAGAUUCCAGUUCGAAUCUCUCUCUCUCUGCCUCUCUCUUCUGAGAAGAAAUAGAAACGUCAUACUAUAAGAAACUGUGCUGCUUUUUGAGCCAUUUUCUAAUCUGUGACGAUACACACAUACAUACUUGUAUAUCGCGAUUUAUGUUUCAAUUGCAUGAUUUAUUUCGUAUAUUGUUUUCUAUAAUUCGACAAGAAGAGUGAAGGGGGUGGUCAGGAAAGAUCUUGAUUGCUUGAAUCUCUAAUGGAACAGCUCAUCAACUUCAUUAUAAGACCGCCAAGAGCUGAAUACAAUCCAAAAAAUGAUUUGUUAGACCAAGAAUUUUUGCUAAAAGGCAAGUGGUACCAGAGGAAAGAUCUGGAGGUUAAAAAUAGCCGAGGAGAUGUUCUGCAAUGUAGCCAUUACAUGCCCGUUGUCCCUCCUGAAGGAAGUACACUACCCUGUGUAAUCUAUUGUCAUGGAAAUAGUGGCUGCCGUACAGAUGCCAGCGAAGCUGCUGUUAUAUUGUUACUAUCAAACAUCACAGUUUUUACUCUGGACUUCUCUGGUUCUGGACUCUCUGGUGGGGAGCAUGUUACUUUGGGUUGGAAUGAAAAAGAUGAUCUCAAAGCUGUGGUUGAUUAUCUACGUGCAGAUGGAAAUGUUUCUUUCAUUGGAUUGUGGGGUCGCUCCAUGGGUGCUGUUACUAGCUUGAUGUACGGAGCCGAGGAUCCUUCAAUUGCAGGAAUGGUUUUGGAUAGCCCCUUCUCUGAUUUGGUAGAUUUGAUGAUGGAACUGGUUGAUACAUACAAAGUUCGGCUCCCCAAAUUCACUGUUAAGUUUGCUAUCCAGUAUAUGAGAAAAGCUAUCCAGAAGAAGGCAAAAUUCGACAUUAUGGAGCUAAACACAAUUAAGGUUGCAAAGUCUUGCUUUGUCCCGGUUCUGUUCGGCCAUGCCAUUGAAGAUGAUUUUAUACAACCCCAUCACUCUGAUCGUGUUUUCGAUGCUUAUGUGGGGGACAAGAAUAUUAUCAAGUUCGAGGGGGAUCACAACUCUCCCCGACCUCAGUUUUAUUUUGAUUCUGUAAGUAUCUUUUUCAACAAUGUAUUACAACCACCUGAGGAUGGAGGAGGUAGAUACUUCGACUUGAGUAAUGACUAUUUCACCAGGGGUAGAUGGAGCACGGUCCAGGAUGUGGAGCUUUCAGAUGAAUUAUUGGGUUCACCUUCUGGUCCGCCAGCUACUAGCACCGAGGAUGCCAUCAGGCAACUUCGCUCUAGGAGACCUAUGAGUGCAACCGUGGUUCCAGCAGAUAUCUCAUCCAAAGAUGAUCAACCUGAUUCCGAGGUGGAGAGUCGGAGCUCUGAUGCUCAGCCAUCGACUUCUAACAUGAUAAGCCUUGAAUUCCCAAGAGAUAGCCCUCAUGGUUCUCUUGUGCCUGGAUCAAUAGAUGAUGACGAAUAUGUCGAGUACUCUCUUGAUAUGAUGGCAGAUUUCCCAAGCAAUGUUGAAGAAGAAGAAAGGAUGUUGAUGGUGGCCAUAUUCGAGUCGUUGAAGGACUCGAAGGAACCAUCAUCAAGCGUUGGCAGCAGUUCUCUCCCUAAACCAGAACCGGCACCAAAAGACGAAGCAGAAGGAUCAAUAAUAUUACCACAAUCGCAUACUUCUGAAAAUCAAUCAUCUUCCGAAGCAGAAGCUUCUAAAACUUGCUCUCCUAGUGACACGCAGAAAGCCGAGACAAGCACAGUAAAGAAACCAACGAGCAAUGCUGGUGCCUCACCUCCUAAGCAAGGAGAAACAAGCCAGCCGAUGAAGUCUAAGAUUGAUGCGCCGUCAGAAGAUCAUAGGCAGUCCGAUGGCGACAUGGCUGACCGAACGAAAGUCACCAUGGAAGUGGAGAAAAACCCCACAACAAAUAUCAUCGACGGUUUGUUGCGUCGUUGGGAUAUCUUCAGAAACAGAUAGUGUAGAGUCGUUGUUGGUGUGAUGGAAAGAGAUUGCAUGUGGUGAGUGUGUCUGAAAUAGGUUAGCAUUUGCAGACAGGUACCACUUUGAAAAUUUGAUGUGUUUCAUUUGCUGUAACUAACUAAUGGUUGAAUAUUCUUUCCAAGGCUUGUACAGAUGAUUUGCUUACUCCUAACUGAUCUCGAAAUUAUAUGGUGAUUCAUUCGCUCA